AUGUCUCUGACCAACGCCUCCCCCGUUGACUGCGCCAAGAGUGCGAAGUCGGCCUCUCACAUCCUCGCCACGCUCCCUGCCGAAGCUCGCAACGAUGCUCUGACGGCUAUUCACGCCGCCCUCGCUGAGGCUAAAGAUUCAAUUCUCGCUGCCAACUCGCGCGACUUGGAGCUUGCUCGCAAGGCCGCUGCCGAUGGCCAAUUGAGCCAGAGUCUCGUCUCUCGUCUGGACCUGGGCAAGAAGGGCAAGUUUGAGGAUAUGCUCAAGGGGAUCUUGGAUGUGAGAGAUCUGGAGGACCCAGUUGGAAAGGUCACACUGAGGACCAAGCUGGACGAUGGUCUCAUUCUCGAGAGGGUCACCUGCCCCAUUGGUGUCCUUCUCAUCAUCUUCGAGGCCCGCCCUGAGGUGAUCGCCAACAUCGCCUCCUUGGCCAUCAAGUCCGGCAACGCAGCAAUCCUGAAGGGAGGCAAGGAGUCCACGGAGUCUUUCGUAGCCAUCUCCCAGGUCAUCUCCUCCGCUCUCGAGAACCUCCAGAAGCCCAAGGUUCCCAACUCGGCCGUUCAGCUCGUCAGCUCCCGCGACGUCAUCCCUCAACUGCUGGCACUCGACCAAUACAUCGACCUCGUCGUUCCUCGCGGCUCCAACGAGCUUGUCCGCUACAUCAAGGAGAACACCAAGAUUCCCGUCCUGGGCCACGCUGACGGCUUGUGCUCCAUCUUCCUCACCGGCUCAGCAGACGCCAAGAUGGCCGCCGACGUUGUCGUCGACUCCAAGACCAGCUACCCCGCCGCCUGCAACAGCGCUGAGACGUUGCUGGUGCAGGAAUCCGCCCUCGAGACAUCGUUCCCCGUCGUCGCCGAGGCUCUGAUCGCCAAGGGCGUGACGCUUCACUGCGAUCGUCAGUCCAAGGAAGUCCUUCUGUCCAAGCUCUCAAGCGAUGCCGCUUCCAAGGUUGUGGACGCCAAGGAGGCCGACUACGACACCGAGUUCCUUUCUCUCGACAUCGCCGUCCAGACCGUCUUCUCCAUGGCCGAGGCGGUCCAGCACAUCAACACCCACGGUUCCAAGCACACCGAGGCCAUCCUCACCUCGGACGAGCAGGAGGCCGAGAAGUUCAUGAACUCGGUCGACGCUGCCGGUGUCUACUGGAACGCCUCCACUCGCAUGGCCGACGGCAUGCGCUACGGCUUCGGCACCGAGGUCGGCAUCAGCACUAACAAGAUCCACUCUCGCGGACCCGUCGGUCUGGAGGGUCUGAUGAUUUACAAGUACAAGAUUAGGGGGCACGGUCAGGUUUCGUUGGCGUACGGCGAGGGAGAGGGCAAGAAGCCUUUCAAGCAUGAGAAGAUGGACUUUUGA